AUGAAGCUGCUCAUUGCCAUUUGUCUUGUCGUUGCUUUUGCUUCCGGCCAUGAGCCCCGUGUGAGAGGGCAGUAUGACCCCCCCAUGAUUGUGGUCGGCGUUCAGAUGGCUCCGCUCAAUCCAGCCAUUACCUGCUGGAAUACUCUCAACUGCUCGAUCGGACAAAUCGAGUCAAUGAAGAUCAGAGACCGUAUAGAAUUCGUGCAGUUCAUGGCGAGGUCGAAAUUGAGAUUUCUUGAAUCUUCCAACCAAUUCCGCGCCGUUGAAGGGACGAUGGAUUUCUUUGUUCGAAAAAGCAUAGCAAACCGGGGGACUUGGAUGUCUUACAUCAACGCCGCUGUUGUUGAAGCCAUCCAGCGGGGUGCAGCGAUCGCGUUGGGUGAAUCCGACAAUACAGGCGGCAACCCGGCCACGUUAAAGUGGGCAGAUUAUUUUGAUCAGCGUAAAUUGGGAAGAUUGAUGAAUCGUGAUGCACACGACCGUGCAUGGGCCGUCGCGGAACAAACGGCCGUGGAGUAUGGUAUUCGACUUGCAAACUCCAAGCCGGAUAUCGAGACACCAACUACGAGGGAGAGACGAUGGCAGCAGUUCACAAAAAUUUAUCGGAUGGUGAUGCAAUACCGUCGGACUCUCCUCUGGCUCAUUAAAAUGGCUUUCAAUUUUACUAGUCCGGGCUUACCAAUGGCUUCGGAAGCUUUCUUAGACUGGUUCACAGAUGUUACGGAUGCGACGUCAACCGGAUUCCUGGCAGAGAUUGCUUGGACGCUGUGCGCAUUAGGUCUAUCUUGGGAUGGUGAGGACCCUAUUAAGGAUUUGGAGGUCAUACUCGGAAUGGUCACCGAGUUCUGGGAAGCGUUUCAAACAAGCAGGCAUCUUGAUAAUUGA